AUGGAGGACGUCGAAGUUUUAGCAGCAACAAGUUUGUGCGUACUGGGCUUAUACUGCUACGUCACUAAUUUAAAUAAAAGGAAAGUAGUAAAGAAACGGCGGUGGCGCCCAAGAAGAUGGUGGAUGAUAUCGAUUCAUCGCAAUAGAACCCUGCAAAGUAUGGAACAAAUGUUUCAAGAAAUGCUGAAUGAAGAUUCUGGCGAGUUUCAGAAUUUUUGCCGAAUGUCACCAAAUGAUUUUGAUUUUCUGCUAAGCAAAGUAGAACCUUUGAUUAAAAAGCAAAAGACUAGACUCAGAAUACCCAUCCCAGCAAAAGUGCGCUUAGCUAUAACGUUACGAUUCUUAGCUACUGGCGACAGCUACAGGAGCCUUCACUACUUAUUCAAGGUUUCCAGUGCAGCCAUCUCAAUCAUUGUACAAGAUGUCUGUAAUGCUAUCAACACAGUGCUAAAGGAUCAGAUAAAGAUGCCGCGGACAGAGGCAGAAUGGUUAAAUAUAGAAAGGCGCUUUCAGAGAAAAUACCCACAUUGUGUAGGUUGUAUUGAUGGCAAGCAUGUACAGAUACAAUGUCCAAUUGACAGUGGCUCAGAAUACUACAAUUAUAAAGGGACUUUUAGUUUUGUGCUCUUAGCUUUAGUUGAUAAUGAUUACCGCUUCAUAUUUGCCGAUAUCGGAGCUCAGGGUAGAAUUAGCGAUGGAGGCGUAUUUCAAAACAGUGUUCUUUGGGAAAGAAUUUCUACAGACACUAUUAAUUUACCACCUGAUUGUCCACUUCCUGGUGGACAAUGUAAUGUACCAUAUGUUUUUCUCGGAGAUGGGGCAUUUGCGUUAAGCAAACACGUUAUGAAACCUUUCCCAGGAAACCAUCCCCUUGGUUCAUUACAACGCAAUUUUAACAAGAGAUUAUCUAGUACACGUGUUAUCGUUGAAAAUGUUUUUGGAGUUCUAACAACAGUUUUUAGAAUCUUUAAACACCCAAUGGAAAUUAAUAAGGAUAAAGUUAUAUUGAUAACAAAGACUUGUAUUCUAUUACAUAAUUUUCUCAGAAAUAGUAGGACUUCAAGAAACAUUUACACACCUCCUGGUACCUUUGAUACUGUUGUCAAUGAUGAAAUAAUUCAAGAAGGUUCUUGGAGGCGACAGGUUUCCACUAACCCGGCUAUAAUACCUAUUCCAACUGUAGCUAGACGUGCAGCACAGAGUGCCAUAGACGUAAGAAAUGAGUUCGCUAAUUUUUUUCAAAGGCAAAAUGUUUAA